AGGGAAUGCGCCUGGACACCUUCAGUGCACGGCAGAUGGUGGUUUUACUUUCUCUGGGGGAGGAAACACGUUGUGCAAGGUGCGCGUAAGUGAGGGACCGGUGUGCGCGUGUGUUCGGUACCUGUGACUAUUCGGGUCUUCAAGGCUUCGGUCGUCGCCGAUGGGCAGACCCCACCAUCGGAGAAGAUGAGUAGCGUCACCUCCCCUCUGCCCUCGCUCACCCCCGAGGUGCUCAAGAUGCGUAGAGCCAUGGAAUCUCCAGGAAACUCUGGAGACGCGCCCAGCUCGCCCAUCGCUCCAGGCUCUUCGCCCAACCCAGAGUCGCCCAAGAGGGACGCCUCCUCGCCGGUGAUGCUCGCGACCAUGACUCCGGUCAGUGUGAUCGAGUACGAUGAGCAAGAGGCUGCGGCAGCCAACCAGAAGACUGUCAUCUACGUUCCGGCUUCACAAAACCCUCAGGACGUCUAUGACAACCCGGAGAGUCUCGAGACCUCCAACGGUCCGGUGUCGGUCGUCGUCCAACCCCCGGGGUCUCAGCUGCUCAACCAGACUGCAACAUACCAAGGUCCGCCCGGGACCACGGUGUUAGUGCUGUCAGAGCUUGUGGAGGAUAUGUCACCUUUCAUUGCAGGACAAUUAAGGAAGCGGAAGGAAGGUGAGGAGGUGCGGAUGGCAGAGGGUGAGCCAGGAGGUCCGGGGGGUGAGGAGGGAAGCUGGAGAGCUUACUACGAACACCCCUUGACUGCGGCGACCACUGCCAUGCUGAACAUCAGCGGGGGUCCUUCUGAAGAACAACCUCCCACGUCCAUGGGCUUCAUCUACGAGUACUACAAACUGCCUCAACUGUCGGACAAGGAGAAACUCUCGGAGAUCUGGUCGACGCCCUCGGCGAGUGGAGCAGGCGCAUCUCUACUGUCCUCGCAGAUCCGCUCCAACGGCGUGGUCAGCGACUCCUCCCUCCAACUAUCGUCAGCACCGCCCCUAGGAGACCUGCAGGGGCUGUUUCUGCACCACCACCAGCCCUCGCACGUCAAGCGGGAGCCCGAGGACCUGAGCCACCACCGCAGCAAGACCCCGGUGGACCCCAAGGGUCGUCACAAGGUGGUCCUGGUCACCACCGGACAUCCUGACCUGGUCGUCGACGUCGUCAACAACAACAACACCACCAUCAAGGACGAGUUCGUCCACUCGCCGCAACACGGGAGUAGAUCCAUCAACGGAACACCGUCCAGCACGAGUUCGCUGAUCGCGGGGGACAACGCGCCCAUAGAGAUCAUCACCAGUGACGGGCUCAAGUCAGAGAUGUACAACAACCACAUAUUUACCGCGAUGAGCAACGCGCAACCUCAGGGUAGCGGGACUCCCAGUCCGAUCCCGUACUCGGAACACGGUGCGUCGUACUCCACCUCGGUCUCUCAGAGUAGUUCUGCCUACGUCACGACGUCCGCUGGCCGAGGGACGUCGUCGUUCACGGACCCCUACUACAGGGAGUACUUCUCGGAGCAGCCCUACGGCACGGUGAGGCAGACGUACGCAGAUAGUCCUGAGGGUGCGGGCUCCGGCGCCACCGUGAGCGCCUCCCUCAUGGACCGCUACGUCCGCGGGGGCGCCUACCACGGCGGCAAAGGAGUCAUCGCUGCUGCAGGCUUGACCGUGGACCUGCCUAGUCCUGACUCUGGUAUCGGCGCUGAUGCUAUUACGCCAAGGGACCAGGCUGCGAUACAACAGUCGUUCGACUACGGAGAGAUGUGCGGGACGCCGCUUCUAGAGGGAUCCCAGAGGAGUUCUUCCUCAGCAUCUCCCGCGGUCGGCGCCCGCUCUCGCCCCUGGCACGACUUUGGGCGGCAAAGCGACGCUGACAAAAUACAAAUACCCAAAGUGUACAACCAGUACGGUUUCCGCUACCACCUGGAGACUCCGAUAUCCACCAACCAGAGGCGAGAAGACGACCGAGUGACGUACAUCAACAAGGGCCAGUUCUACGGAAUCACCAUGGAGUAUAUACCUGAUCCGGACAAGCCACUGAAGGCUCAGACCGUCAAGAGCGUGGUGAUGCUGAUGUUCAGAGAGGAGAAGUCACCAGAAGAUGAGAUCAAGGCGUGGCAGUUCUGGCACGGAAGGCAACACAGUGUGAAACAGAGGAUAUUAGAUGCUGACACCAAGAACAGCGUUGGUCUGAUAGGCUGUAUAGAGGAGAUCUCCCAUAACGCCAUCGCCGUCUACUGGAACCCUCUUGAGAGUUCUGCCAAGAUCAACAUCGCCGUCCAAUGCCUCAGCACGGACUUCAGCAGCCAAAAGGGAGUCAAGGGUCUGCCUUUACACCUACAGAUCGACACGUACGAAGAUCCCAGAGAAGGUCCAAUCUUCCAUCGUGGCUACUGUCAGAUCAAAGUCUUCUGUGAUAAGGGUGCCGAAAGAAAGACGCGAGACGAGGAGAGACGAGCUGCCAAGCGCAAGAUGACGGCGACCGGCCGCAAGAAGAUGGACGAACUUUACCAUCCUGCCUGCGAUCGUUCGGAGUUCUACCACAUGGCGGAUCUGGUAAAGCCUCCAGUGCUGUUCUCACCCGCCGAGGACAUUGACAAGGCGGGAGACCAGUUAACGUCAAUGGAGCUGCAGGGAUUUUAUGGACAUGAAACAGACACUUCCAGCUUGUCUAAUGGGGAAUCUGGAUCUCUGAAGCACACAAGCCCCUUCUUACUACACUCUGGGAGCAAAGGCCCCGCUACCCCCACCCUCAAGUUUCACAACCAUUUCCCCCCUGAGCUAAGCCCGCCCCUCAAGAGGCCUAAGAUGAUUCCGCCACUGAAUGAAAGAGUGAUGCUUUACGUCAGACAAGACUCGGAAGACGUCUACACGCCGCUGCAUGUGGCGCCCCCCACCACAAGUGGACUGCUCAAUGCUAUUGAGAAUAAGUACAAAAUUUCUACUUCGAGCAUAAAUAACUUGUUUCGAAAAAACAAAAAAGGGAUUAUGGCCAAAAUUGACGAUGAGAUGCUCAAGUAUUACUGCAACGAAGACAUCUUUUUGUUGGAAGUCGCCCACUCUAGGUCGGACGAAGGCGAGGAAGGGCUCCUGGACAUUGUGUUGGUUGAACUGAUGGACCAUUAGCAGCCACCGCACAUCGUGUUGGCAGCGCUGCAGCCAGAAUCAAGUCUUUCGUCGUUUCACCACAGUGUACAUAGUUGACAAACUGUUGUUAUAUAUUGAAUAUUAUUAUCGAUAGUGUUAUGUAUAUUUGUUGUGUUGUUAUAUGUUGCCACAUUCUGCGGUGUGAUAUUAAGAUUCUUGCCAUGUUGUCAGUGCAAAUAUAGUUCUAAUUCGAGUCUUGCCGUCGGAUCACGGAUCCGAUAGAAUGAUUUAGUCAUUACGCUCGAUAAGAGUAGGCAUUUCAAGGUUUGUACUUAGGUUAAAAAUGAUCUCAAUCAAAAUAAAUACGCCAUAAAGCGAGGAAUCGAUCAAAAUAUCCAGUAGGGUAGGGAGGAAUGUAUGCUCAAUGAUUUUCUUGCUCUCUUAACUUCUCUCUAUUUUUUUGUUACUGUAAAAGUUGUGCCUUAAGUGCCUGGUUGCCAGUAUUAGAACUUCUAUACCAUUUUGGCUGAAGAAUACUCGAAAUUCUGUAUCAUAGUGUAUAUAUUAAGAAUUGUUUUUAUCGUCCAACAUUUACGUUUAUCAUGUUUAUGUUUUGUUUAUUUUAAAAGUAGUUUUUAUUAAGAUUUUUGAGCGAUGGCUGAGUUUUUGAUGUACCUGAAUGUCCAAUCCCUCUACAGCGCCUCGGCCAUAAGAUGAGCCUCGUGUAGGCUCAUCUUACGUCUGUCGCCCUGUAGACAGGAUAAAAAAAAACAAUUUAACGUGCCUAAAUAUACUCGAGCCUAGGUAUUUAGUGUGUGCUGAUUUUUACUUUGUGUCAAUUGUAAAGUAUGAGUUAGUCUAUUUAUUUACAAAGAUUUUAUUUAGUAGUUUACGGGAACCAGAUUAUAUUCCCUCGAGUGUUUUAGCCAUAAGUUAUGUUUUUAUGUUAAGUUAUAAGUUUAUAAUUUUACAGAUUUUGUAACUUGUAAUAAUAAUAGUCAUACGUAGAUGUAUUUAUGUGGAAGAAAUUUGCAUACUAACAAACACCUGGGCAGGAUUACUAGGCAUGAGGCCGUAACUUUCCAAAAAGAAAAACAUUCAGUUUUUUAUAUCAAAUCUUUUUUAAUUACUACAAAGCUAAAAUGAUACUUGGAUUAUCGAUGUGGUUCUUUAUUAGAGUAGAAGUGGAUUCUAUUUUUAAAUUAUAUACUAUGCAUUUUGAUGAAGGAAUUUGAUUUUUUUGCUCAACAUAAAUAAAUUUGCACAACAAGACAAAUUAUGUGCAACUAAAACUGUAAAGUGACUGUAGGUUACAUCUUAUGGAUCUAUUAAUAAUGUUAAAAUAUUGCUGUAAAAAUAUAAUUUGAAUGCAAAAGUAAGUUUUUAAAAACUUUUCAAUUUUUUAUACAAGUCAAAUCAUUGCUUAUAAAAGUUACAAUGUGUAAUUAUAUAAAUUUUAAAUUAAUCUUUGUUCAACAAAAAGAUAUCAAACUCACAAUGCCAGAGAUCUCAAAAAUAUUGUUUUAUUGUUAAUAAGAUCUUGUAAAUAAUUAAAUGAGAAUCAAAAACAUUUUAUCACUUAUUGCCAUAUUUUUGUAGAUAUGUUUAGCUUAGAGAAUGUACAGUAGAGUUUAUAUUUAGUCAUUGGAUAUUUUUACUGAAUUGCCAGGUAUCAUACUGAAAAAUAUACUUCUUUGAAAAAAAUAAUUCCUUCAUUUACUUGUUGAGAGAAUAAACUAGAGAACGUGCCUUAUUUUAUACAAUUUGCUUUUCUUUUCCUACCGUAACUGAAUUUGUAUAUCAAUAUCCAAAAAAGAUUCUUCUUAUUUACUGAUGAACCAAUUAUCAAAUUUUAGAAAUUUUUAACACAACUGAGAAAAAUAUCUGUAAGUUAUAAUUUGUGUUAAACGAUGUUACCUAAACUUGUUUAAACCUUUUUUAGAGUUAAUAAUCAAAAAUGUAUAUUAAUUAAUGAGUAUUUUAACAUUUUGUUUUCUCAAUUUAAGUAUUGAAUAUUUAUAUUAAGAUUUAUUUUUACUGUGUGAUCAGUUUUUCUAUUCAACAUUAUUUGGUUGGCAGGAGUCUAUGUUUUGAGUCAUAAAACUUUCAUUGAUAACACAACAUUCUAUAACCUAUUGUUAAAGAGGUGUAACAAAUGUUUGGUUUUUUAAACAGAUUAAUUUACAUUAAAAACAUCCCUUACUACAAGUAAUACAUUUUAUAAAAACCAAAAACCAAAAUUUAAAGUAUUCAAAGUACCUAUUUGCAUUUUACAAUUUAUCAAAGGUUUCAUUAUUUUCUACGUUUAAAAAUGUCCUGCCAGCUUUCUAUACUAGCAAUCAAAUAACAAACAAAAGUAUUAUUAAGUUUGUUUUUCUCAGUCAUAAAUUUCAUUUGUGAAUUCAAAUUAUUCUGUUUGAAUAAAUCCUGUACUUAUUUUGGAAGCAAAUUUGAAAAAUUAUAACUGAACACAUGCAGAAUUAAUAUUGGUUUUUAAUCUCUAAGAAUAAAUAAGAUAUGUGAUUGUUUUCUAUUUGAAUCAAAUGAAUUGACCAAAAUAUUUGAGUACCUUUUGUAAGUUUACCAAAUGUGUCAAUGGUUGUAUUGCUUGAUGUUCACUUUGCUCAACAUUUGCCAUUGUAUUGCAAUUUCUGUACACAUGUAAAAAGUGCCAUUUUCAUGAGAAAAGAUAAAUUUUCUCAUUCAUGCUCACUUUGUGAAAGAACAAUGUUUAUUUUCAAGUUGAAGAACAAAUCGACCGCAGUAGUGCCCGGCAGUGCCCAAUAUGUUUGCUUUUUAUAUGUCCAAGAUGUAAUGAUUUAUCCGUUAAUGUAAAUAACAUACAUAAAUACAUUUAUUUCAUAUA